AAAUGGGGAUGCCUUUGUAGCGAUUUGACGAUUUCUUUCAUUCGGAAAUUAGCUGGCUAUAAAUGGCACAACCUUCUGAUCGGUAAAGGAAAGGUUUUGUUGUUUCCUCUUUAUGUACUAAUGCUGAAAUCUAGUUUGUUGCUUUGGAGCUGAGAGUGGAAGAAAAUACUUGGCUUUGAUUCAUGAGGGAUGUGGGGUUUUAAUGGGAUCCUAAUCAUCAAAUAUAUAUCUCUUUGUUAAAUUGCUUCCAUUAUUGUUGGGCGAAAUCAGAGGGAAAGGUUUUUAUGCUUCUUCAGAAGGGUCCUGCAUCAACCUAAGUACAAGGGUGUUGACUCAACAUCGAUUCUGCCUUUCAAGAAGUUGUGAGUCAAGUUUCGGACUGUUGUAAGAGGAGCACUGUAUGUAUCCAAGCUAUGACGGAGGACCUAAGUGUUGACACUAUGUUAUUAUGAUGCACCAUCAUAUGCUAGCUGCUUAGUUCUUGUUGUGAUGGAACAUGCUGUGCUAAUUAGCUUCACUGAAAUCUUCUAUUGUGUUAAUCAGAUGAAUUGAAAUGAUCAACUUCUCUAGGCGCAAAAAGAAUCAGUUCCCUCGCACUCUAAUCCAAAUAGAAUUCCUAUAUCAUCUAUUUUCCAAACUCAUUGUAGGCUUUAAUGCAGUUGCACAAAACAUUCUGGUGCAAUGUAUGUACGAAUCAUGAUGGUGAUCUCCUCGGCAUAUGCGACUUUGAUUAUGUUGAUAUUAGUGUGUUACUGCCUACCCGCUAAUAUUCUGAACUUCAUUGUUAGAAAAAGAAAUUCAAAGGUCUACUGUGUUCUGAAAUGGUGCUGCUUUUUCCUACUCAGUGUCAUGAAGCCUUUUUUCCCUCUCUUAUUGAUCUUAGGAUGGCCUCGACAUCUUCUGAAUAACUAAACUUGUUUUCGAUCCUGCUAAUAUAGCUAGAAGACUAUCCGCUGUUCUGAAUCGAGUUUCCUCUGACAAUUUAUUAUCAUUCUGCAGAUUUACUCUGGAUCUUUCCCACUAACUAGUUCAAGCUCCUCUUUCUUAUGGUCCUUAUGGAUUAGGUACGUAUGAAGAUUUCAGUUCUCGGGAACAGUAAGGUGGAAGACCCUUGGCAAAAUAAUUUCUCUCAAUGAGCCUGCCGAAUUUUUCUCAGAGUUAGUCCUCAUACUGUUCAACUAGCUGGAAGAAUAGUUCCCAUUACCGACUUAAAUCUCUUAUCCAAGUUAUUGAUCAGGCCGGAAUCGUGGUGAAUGAGGCCCUCCCAAAACCCAGAUCUCCAGACGUGGAGCACUGCUGCACUGGCCCUAAACAGCCUUCAAACUUGAUAUGUGAGAAUCCUACUUCUGUAUCUGUAACCACAUUUGAAUAAUCUCAAACAUGGUGCUUGCUAAUGCUAUAGCAUUACACUCGUUAGUAAUUUGGCUGACACUGGAAGAGCCAGAGGCAAUCUUAUUCUACAGCCUAACAAUAUUAAGAAAGAAAAAAGAAGAUGGCUUUUCAAGAAAGCCAAUAACCAACAAGAAUCAUCAUCUACAACACCAGCUGUGCAGCAGAGCCCACAUGUGAAAGGGAGUAGUCCUAUGAAUGCAGCACCCACAGGAAGUGAUGUGUCUGAGCAGAGACACGCCAUUGCUGUGGCUGUGGCCACAGCUGCUGCCGCCGAAGCCGCUGUCGCUACCGCACAUGCUGCAAUGGAGGCUGCUAGGCUUACUCAUCCAUCACCCACCAAUGUUAAUCCGCCAAGAGAAGAUUGUGCAGCUACUCUCAUUCAGACUGCCUUCAGAGGAUAUUUGGCUAGGAGGGCACUCAGAGCGUUGAAAGGAUUGGUAAAGUUGCAAGCUUUAGUUAGAGGACAUAAUGUAAGAAAACAAGCUAAAAUGACAUUGAAAUGCAUGCAAGCUUUGGUUAGAGUUCAAGCUCGAGUACUUGAUCAACGCAUGAGAUUAUCUCAUGAUGGUAGCAGGAAAUCUACUUUCAGUGACACAAAUAGUAUUGUAGAGUCCCGCUAUCUUCAGGAUAUAGCAGAGAGAAGAUCACUUUCACAUUCGAGAGAGCCAAGCAGCUUAGCAGAUGAUUGGGAUGAAAGGCCACACACCAUUGAAGAAGUUAAAGCAAUGUUGCAGAAUAGGAAAGAUGCUGCUUUAAAGCGAGAAAAGAGCCUUUCCCAUGCCUUCUCUCACCAGAUGUGGAGAAGCGAUAGGAGCUCAGUUGGAGAAGAAGAGUUGGAGGAGAAACCGAGAUGGCUAGAUAGGUGGAUGGCUACUAAACAAUGGGAUUCCAGCAUUGCUCCUUCUCCUUCUAUGAGAGGCAGAGCUUCAACUGAUCAUAGAGACUCAAUAAAAACCGUUGAAAUGGACACUUCUCAGCCUUACUCUUAUUUAGUUCCGAACUUCAGAAGAUCAGUAACAUCAACAACAGCAAAUCAUUAUCAAGCUCAAUACCACAAUCAACGUCCGUCCUCACCUCUUCACAGUAGGGCUCAAUCCCAUUCACAACAUCAACAUCAACAUCCACCAUCCAGUACCCCGUCUCCAUCUCGGGCUCGGCCCAUACAAGUCCGCUCUGCAAGCCCACGGUGUAUUAGAGAAGAAAGGAGCUACAACAGUCAAGUGUGUCAAACACCAAGUUUGAGAUCAAAUUACUUCUAUAAUGGUAACAUCCAACCAAAUCAGAGGGGAGCUGCCACUGCCAAUGCUGCUACCACCAGCAGUGGUGGACCCAAGCCUAAUUACAUGGCAGCCACCGAAUCAGCUAAGGCUCGACUCCGGACUCAAAGCGCUCCAAGGCAACGGCCCUCGACACCCGAGCGAGACCGAGGCGGGCCAGGUGCCGGAGCCGGGGCUAAAAAGAGGUUGUCAUUUCCCAAUCCUGACCCAUAUAGUGGGAUGGGGUAUGGGAGUUAUAAUUUGAGGAGCCCAAGUUUUAAGAGUGUAAAUGUUCAAUUGGGGAUGAUGGAGCAACAGUCAAACUAUUCAUCUUGCUGUACUGAUAGCCUUGGAGGUGAGAUUUCUCCUUCCUCAACCACUGAUCUUAGAAGGUGGUUGAGAUAAUAAUAUGCUGCUAACUUUGCUAGACAAUUAAGAUCAGGGUGGGGGAGUUUUCAUUAAUUUUUCUGAAAUGUGAAUCCAAUGAUUUGAUAUUGGUAGUUGGUUCAUUAAUGUUUAUGUUUGUAGUUUUAUUGGGUGUAUCUUCUCCACCCUGUGGUUUGGUUGAUUUUAUCAUUUAAUUGUGUAUUACCCAUGUAAUCAUAUAAUUUGUGACAUUCUAAAUGUUAUUCUAAUUGAGCAAUUUUGUACUA